UGUGUAUGUCUUUGUUAUGAAUGAAUCCGCGUUUGCGCCUCACUCCACGUGUGAUUCUGACGCAAUCAAUUCGUCCAAGGCCGCGAAAUUGGCUCAAAAUCCGCCAAAUAAAAAUGAGUUAACCCGCGACGGCCAGUCUCGCGAAAACCGCCUUAUCACAAUGUCAGUAUUAUCACGCUUUGUGGCUUUUACAAACCGACACCCGGUGGUCCGCGGAAUGAUCUCCUACGCGACCAUCUGGCCCACGUCGUGCAUCAUCCAGCAGACCAUCAUGGGCAAAAAUUUCGAUAAUUACGACUGGAUGCAAGCCCUCAGGUUCAGUCUUUAUGGGGGGCUUUUCACCGCCCCCACACUGUACGCCUGGGUCCGGCUCUCAACCAUCAUUUGGCCCAAAACCAACCUGAAAACGGCGAUGACCAAAGCCGUGGUGGAACAAAUGAGCUAUGGGCCGGCCGCAAUGGCUUGUUUCUUCUUCGGGAUGAGUCUCAUGGAGGGAAAAUCGGUCCAGGAAGCCAAACAUCAAGUCGAAUUGAAAUUUUGGCCCUCGUACAAAGUGGCGAUAUGCUUCUGGCCGGUUUUACAAACAAUUAAUUUCUGUUUUGUACCUGAAAAAAAUCGAGUUCCUUACGUAAGUGUCUGUAGUAUGGUUUGGUGUUGCUUUUUGGCAUACAUGCAUCAACUACAAAUCAAAAAACAAACCGAAGUUUCGAUUUUAAACGAACAGCUUUUAUAAAACUGACGAUAAUCUCAAUUUAGUCCAAUAAAAUGUAAUAUCUGUUUAAAAUUGCUGGCUUGGCGGUUGCUAAGAAACGAUAAAUUGUAAAUGUCAUAUAUUGAUUGUCCUAGCAACGGACUUUAAUCACCCGCACAGCAAUUCGAAACAAAUUAUAUAAAUCUUUGUGAUUGCUUUAUCUGUGUUACCUAAACCGAUUUUUUAUUUUAUGUAAUAAGUGAUAAAGGAUGUAAAUUUAGAUAGAUAGAUAGAUAUUUAUUCAUGUUAUUUAUAAAAACAAUAUUUUUGAUUAAUAAACAUAAUUUUUUA